AAGAAGGGCUUCUUCCUGUAUAAACAAGGACAUGAGUUGAAUAACUACCCUUGUGAAUGUUGACGUACGGGUCUAUCCUCGGAAACUACAGUGUGUGUUUUUAGUGUCUACCGGUAGAAACUUGUUCGUCGGCGUUGCUCGACUAAAUGGCGGCUUCUGCCCACCUCUCCAAAGUCCGCCGUCUUUACAAGAGGAUCCUGGUCCUGCACCGCUUCCUGCCGAUAGACUUGAGAGCCCUCGGUGACCAGUAUGUGAAAGGCGAGUUCAGAAGACACAUAAGUGCAACACCCGAUGAGGUGAAGAGAUUCAUGACAGAGUGGGAGAAGUAUAAGGACACCCUGCAGACACAGGUACUGGAGUCGGCGGAGGGGCGGCUCGGCUCGGUGAAGUUCGGGAUCGACCUGUCAGAGGGCCAGCUUGGCAGCCUCCAGGACGAACAGAUAGGUCAGCUGUACGAACUCAUGCUGGAAUCCACCAAACCCAACCGACAGUUUGACAUCCAAGAGGACGGCAAGUGAGGCGGUGCGCUCGGACUGUGUAACACAAAAGGUGCUAUGUGGAAUUCAGACAAAUAAUGUACAGUAUUUCCUCUGAGUGCUUCAGAUGAAGAGUGGUAUUCAAAGGCCAAGCAGAGGCUUUUAGGGAUAUUUGAUUACAUUUAAAGUGCUGUGUAAUAUCUCUGUGUUCCUUUGCUUGUCUCUUUUACUGUGACAAUAAAAGAGGUUCCUCGUGCUCCUUCGCAGAUGCAUUAACGUACCACUAA